UCCCAGUAGUGACAAUUAUGUAGCAUACUACACCAUCUCCUAUACUCCAUCUUGUCCCCAGUUAUCAUCAGUAAAUGAGACAGUAUCUGUUGUUGCUCAUGAGUAUACUACAACUUACAGUUAUACAUUAAUAGGUCUGUACAUUGGUAUGAACUAUACCAUCACAGUGAGAGCUUGGAAUGUACUAGGUGCAUCUAACUAUACUUCAGUUAAAAAACACGCAAUAUUUUUAAAAGCUCCUACUGGUGUACCUACUUCUUUGUCUUUAUUACAGCCAAUUAAUAAUCUCACUUGGAAUGAGGUCAAUUGUUCUGAACGUAAUGGUCUAAUCACAGGCUAUACAGUGAUGAUCAGUAACAGUGGCGUUACAUACAACCUCACUAGUACUGAGAGAUAUAUUAUAUUGAAUGAUCUAGUAUUUGGUACUGAGUAUAACAUCAGUGUAGCUGCUGUCAACUCUGCUGGAAGAGGUCCCUUUAGUGAUCCUACAAUUGUAGAGAUUGGAAUGGUACCUGGCCCAGUUGGGUCAGCAUCCAGUAUCAUGGACACUACAUGGGCUAUUAUCUCAUGGAGUGUACCUAGUUAUAUUCCAUCAGACUAUCCCAUUAUCACAUAUGAGAUAGGAUAUCAUGCCUUAGAGUCUGGUAACUGUUCAAUGGUAUAUGAUGAUGACAUUAAUCCUCAAGUAUUGAAUCUAUUUAAUGUAUCUAGUAAUGAUACAUUUACUACCAUCACUGGUCUGAAUAGUAAUACCUGUUACAUUUUUGGUAUACGUCCAUACUCUGAUAAUGGAUAUGGAGAGUGGACAGUUACUACUAAUGAGACUCUAGAACUACUAACAGAAUCAUCAUCUAUACUAAUGUCACCAUCAUCUGCACAAAUAUUGUUAUUUACAAUAGCAUCAUCGUCAACCACAAAACAGUUUUUAUCUACAGUAAUAUCACCAUCAUCUACAGUAAAGUCUUUAUCAUCAUCAGUAAUACAAACAUCAGUGGCUGCUACUAUGAAGCCUGAAAAUACUUCAUUCAUUGUUACUGUUGGAGGCUCAGGGAUUGCUGUAAUAAUGAUAGCACUAUUGAUAGUGUUGAUUGUUAUAAUUAUAGCUUUCAUAAAAAGAAAGAAGUCACUGAAAAUUAGCAAAUACAAUGUUAACAUAGCUAUGUCAGAAAUACAAGAUAAUGAGAGCCUAACCAAGAAUGAUGAAGACAAAUAUUGUGAAAUAAAUAAAGAAGAGUCAAAUUAUGCAGCAAUACAAGAAGCACCAAUUCCAUCUGUUUAUGAACCAACAUACACUGACAUAGAGACUGCUCUUCUGUCUGGUUGUAAUUUUGAUCCACAGAUUCCUCUCACUCUACCUAUAUCACUGGAGGAUCUGAAUACACAUGUAACCAGUUGUCAUAGCAAUGGAUUUGAAAGCCAAUACACAAGCCUCAAGAGUGGAGAGGAAAAGCCAUGUACUGUUGGAUACAGUGAGGAGAACAGCCCUUUUAACAGAUUUAAAAAUAUCACAGUUUAUGAUGAUAAUAGGAUAAUACUGGCUACUAAUCCUAACUUGGAUAUGUGCCAAAGAGAAUACAUUAAUGCUAGCUACGUUGAUGUAAGUUUAAUAUUUUACUGA